AUGCCCGGCAGAAAGAAAAAGAAAGAAAGUAUGAUGGCUCCAAUCCCCGUUCGACCGAGCAGCAAUUGUCUGGCAGGCUCAGAAGGCUUGCUCUUCUUCUCCCCUCCGUCAAGGUGUCCGCAGGAGCACCGCUUUGACGUGCCUGCAACCGUGACACGUCGACGCUCCAGCCCAUUGCCGGUACCGAAGGCUUCGCGAGAGACUUCCGAAAAGUGCAGAUACUUCUGUGAGCCCCCGUACGGACAGAGGCGCGCCGCAUCUGACAGGCUGCAUUGGCAGGACUUUCCCGCUGCUGGCCAUGCAACACAGCAUCACAGGCGUUUCGACACGCCCGCUGGCGAGGAAGCUUUGAUGGGGCGUGCUCGUUCACAAACCCCGGACUACCACCGGCGCUACGCGCAGAAUGCUGCAGGCACCUCGCUGCCAGGCUGCAGCGCUGCCCAGGCUAGUUUGCUCGCGACUUCACCUUUAGUCGUUCUGGAGAGGAGCUACCCUUGGCGUCCUAGUUUUGAGUAUAUUGAAUAUGUUGCGGCUCAUAUAUUACGGCUGGCCGAAUUCCAGCAGGCCCAAGCCGGGCCAGGACUCAGAACAGCCCAACUCGAUGGAAGGGAGGAAUGGGGCUUCAGUCGUCUAAGGCUUCAGUAUUGUGCGCGGGAUACCUGA